GGACAUGCGCAGUGCGCCGCCGCUGGCCGUGGCCGUCUGCUUGUCGGCGACUCCACCCACCCUCUCCCGCAGACGAAGGCAUGGCGAGCGCCGAGACCAGGAGGGAGUGUGAGACGGAGGGCUGCGGCGAGGACGCCAAACUCCAGUGCCCCACCUGCAUCAAGCUCGGCAUCCAAGGCUCCUAUUUCUGUUCGCAGGAAUGUUUCAAAGGGAGCUGGGCGUCUCACAAGUUACUGCACAAAAAAGCAAAGGAGGACAAGAACCAGAAUGAACCCAAGAACUGUGUGGAGAAGGACAUCAACACCGACCCAUGGCCGGGCUACCGCUACACAGGACUACUACGCCCUUACUACCCACUGACUCCCAUGAGGCUGGUACCUGGUGACAUCCAAAGACCUGACUAUGCUGAUCAUCCCAGAGGAAUGUCUGAGUCAGAGCAAUUCCUCAAAGGGACGUCACAGAUCAAGACUCUAUCUCCCGAGGACAUUGAAGGCAUGAGAGUAGUGUGCAAGCUGGCACGAGAAGUCCUGGACAUUGCAGCCAUGAUGGUGAAAGCAGGCGUCACAACAGAAGAAAUCGACCACGCUGUGCAUCUGGCCUGUAUAGCAAGGAACUGCUACCCCUCCCCUCUCAACUACUACAACUUCCCCAAGUCCAGUUGCACGUCUGUCAAUGAAGUCAUCUGUCAUGGCAUCCCCGACCGAAGACUACUACAAGAAGGAGAUAUCCUCAACGUGGACAUCACUGUCUACCACAACGGUUUCCAUGGUGACCUCAACGAGACCUUCUUCAUCGGGGAGGUGGAUGAGGGAGCAAAGAAGCUGGUUCAGACCACAUACGAAUGCCUUAUGCAGUCCAUCGACUCUGUGAAGCCCGGCGUUCGUUACAGAGAGUUGGGCAACAUCAUCCAGAAGCACGCUCAGGCCAGCGGCUUCUCCGUGGUGCGGAGCUACUGCGGCCACGGCAUCCACAGACUAUUCCACACUGCUCCCAACGUGCCACACUAUGCCAAAAACAAAGCAGUCGGAGUUAUGAAGCCGGGCCAUGUGUUUACCAUUGAGCCCAUGAUAUGUGAAGGCGGCUGGCAAGACGAAACGUGGCCCGACGGCUGGACGGCGGUGACCAGAGACGGGAAGCGCUCAGCCCAGUUCGAACACACCCUGCUGGUGACGGAGACCGGCUGCGAGAUCCUCACCCGCCGCCUGGAGGACAACGGCCGCGCUCAUUUUCUCACCGAAAUGUAGGCCGAAAAACGGAACGCAACCAAGGACUGGACUUUGCGGACACAGACACACCCAGCGCCUCUGGGUCUCACACACAAACACACACACAAAUCUAACGAGAGGCACGACUCCUCGAGCCCAGUGUUACUGUGGCUCUCAUUGUUCUUUGCAUUAAAUACCGGUUCCUCAAACUAAAUGGAAGUACUUGAAUGUGUCUUAUAUUAAAUGUGGAUUACUUUGUUAGUGAAAACUGUCUCCUUAGAAGGAAAUAUGAGAGUAUUUAUGAUGCUUGGUGGUCACACUAAGGCAAGGCCAUGCUUUCUGUCUUUUCUCUCAUCCUGCGCUAACUUAAUCAGACUCCGUUUGAAUUUGCCAGAGAUGGAUUGAAAAGCAGUAGUGGAGACCCAAGGGAGUCCCAGGAAACGGGGGCUCAGCAAGUCACACAAGCUCAUCAACUAGCAUGGCAAAACUUAUUUUAGAGUUGGAACAUAACGCAAGGCUGAAAACCCUGUUUAGCAUUUAUAUGCAGCACAUCAACAUCCAUCAUUUAUAACACUCUGGUGCAGUUGUAAGUAUUCGACAACUAAAACUCCUCCUGAGGGCAUGAAUAACAAGAUGCUUGUAAUUCAGCGGAUGAUGUUUAAAAUAUGAUGAAACAAUUUAGAUCACAUAGGACAUCCUUAAGAGACACGUGAUGGAAAUAGUUUGGCGUUUGUGGAAAAUCGGCCCUCUUGCUUAAGAUUGAUACUCGUCACAUCCAUGCGAUAAAUCUGAAACUAGAGCCACGAGGUGGUCGCGCUGGCUUAGCCUGUCUCAGAACAAAGAAAGGAAACAGGGAGGCUGCUUGUUGGUUCACCAGCACAUCUUUGUCUAGUGGUAAAAUAACAUUUUGUGGUUUUACCGGGGGGGUUAUUUGCAUGUAACCCCUCGUAAGCCAAAAAAAAUAAAAUGUACUUGUGCAUGUAACCCCAUUGUAAAACCACAACUUGUCCUUUUAACAUUUACAGAACAAACAUUAUCAAAAUAAAAACCCGGCGAAACGUUGACCCAUGAGAUCUACAGGUGCUGUUAACUUGAUGCUAAGCUACGGGCAGGAGCUGGUUGGCUUAGUUCAGCAUCGUAUUUGAGGAACUGAUGUGCGAGCGGUAUCGAACUCUCGGCAAGGACGAAAAAUGCAUCCAUAACGUCGAACAAUUUGCUCGGUUAUUGAACUAAUUUGUACUGUUUUGACAGGAAGAUAAAUGCUCGCUGAUCAGCUCCAUCCUGAACGUAGAUACUAUUGGUGCGCAGGUAUCCAGGCAGGAAUUAGGAAUACAGACAAUUGAGCUCAGAGUCGUUCAAGUGUUGAACUUGUCACGUCUGCUCUGAGGAACGCGUUUCCAAAUAGCCCCGGUGUAGCAAAUUGAGCCUUAAUGUGUGAAUCCCGGAAUUUAAAAGUUGCCAGAUGUUUCCCCGCCACAUGCCGACCAUCACCGUUCAUGGGGGGGGGGGGUCAUUAUUUCUACAUUUCACAGUUUCUCUGCCAUCUUUGUAUUUCUUCUAAAGGAGUAAUAAAUGACUCUUCUGUA